AUGUCGACCUUGCGACGGCGGCAGGGACCAGCGCUCUGUCGACGACGCCUGCCAUGGCUGCUCCCCGAGCUUAAACUCCAUGUCAGGGAUUUCCUGCCCGCGCCAUGCCCAGAUUACCCUGUUGCUGCUGCGCAGAGGAUAUAUUUUUAUUCCCAAAUACCAGCACAACACAUAGAUGAAGCAAUAGCAUCACUGACAAGAGCUGCUAGGAGUUUCUUGCGCAUCAAGCGCAGCAGCAGAGUCUCAAGAAUGUCGCUUGAGAUCUACAUGGUUGGCAACUACUCGCAUGACAUUGGCCCAUUGGUCCGUGACGCCAUCGACAACGGCAUGAUAAAAGAACUGGACCUAACCAUUGCGGACGACAAGGAUUACAAUUGCAAAGGUGUGGAUAUGCUACAGAAAGCACAGGAUGUAGACGGGUUCUUCAGCGCCUAUCCUAAUAUACUUCCUUGCCUCACAAGGCUCCAGCUUUACAACCUGCGCUUUGCUGAGGGAGAUAUACAUCACAUCCUAUUUGAUUGCUGCAAGCAGCUGCAGCACCUUAGUCUGGAACACUGUGAUGUUGGCGACUGCUCGGUGUGGCAGGUAGACGCGCCGAAUUCGGUCCUCAGGGUUCUUGAAAUCCGCUAUUCCUACUUGAAGAGGCUCAAGGUGCUCUGCCUUCCCAAACUAGAGCUGCUCAGUUGGGAGGCGUGGGUGCACUGUGAGCCCCCCUUGCAUUUUGGUUAUGUCCCGUCUCUUAAGGAGUUAAUCCUCUUAUGUGCUGCAAAGCUUGAUCACCCGGAGUUUAGUUUAAGCCAGCUUCUAGAUGGUGCCACAGAAAUCAAUACCCUGACCUUAAACUUCCAAGGAGAAAAGCUUUGGAUCCAACCGGAAAGCAGGCAACUCCGUGCCGCAUUCAGCAAGCUAAGGAAGCUGUCUAUUCAUGGCAUAUAUGUUGAGUUUGACCUGUUAUGGACAAUAAAUCUCCUUGAAGCUGCUCCAACCGUUGAGAUAUUUGAUAUUGAGGUGUAUGAACAUCCAUGUAUGGUACCAUAUUGGGUGCGCGUUGGCGUUCAAAGAGUGCAACCUUCAUGGAAGACGCCUGGGUUUACAAGCUGUAAGAAGUGGCAACUGAGAGAGCUCUAUGUUACCAACUUUAGUUUCCUCGUGGGGCAACAUGUGUUAUUUGUACGCGAGGUGAUGGAUCGAGCGCCAAACUUGAAAACUGUUAUUUUGAAGGAAGAUGAAGAAGCAUGCAAGGAUUGUGAGGCAAUGGGCGCACUGCCUACUCCGGUAGGAGGCUUGUUUCCGAGGACCAAAAAGGAGCAAGAAACAAUAGCCCAGCAACUUAGGGACAACAUGGUCAGCUCGUCCUCGGCACAGAUAAUUUUCAAAAGUAUUGUUUCAACGGUGGUAUUCUGA